CCUCUGCCAGAGAGCUGUCGGUGGAAGAGAGUAGCCUGUCGUCGGUAGCCUGUACGGACCGAGAACAGAAGCUGAGCUCUGCUGCUCUUCGGCCCGCUUCACCACCAGUCACCGUCGAGCACCGCGUUUUCAUAAAUUAAAAAAAACAUUAGCAUCCUGACUUUCUGUCCUGAAUUGGAGCUUAGGGGACAUUCGCUGUCAACUAACUUCCACAAUAGGUCGCUGCGUCGCUGGCUGGACUGCUGCAUGUGUUUUUAUUGUCGCCUAACAGUUUGACUCCAGCCCCCUUCCACUCGUGCCCAAUGCUGAGGAAUGGAUAGUGUGUCUGCUAUCGGGGGGAAGAUGGUGGAGAGUGAUGAGCAGCCGGAGAGGGGAAGCGGCGGCGGCGGUGUUGGUGGCGCAGCGAUGGCCGCACUACAUCAAUGCGAACUCAUCCAGAACAUGAUUGAAAUCUCCAUCUCCAGUUUACAGGGGCUCCGGACCAAAUGCGCCGCGUCCAACGACCUCACACAACAAGAAAUACGCACUUUGGAGGUGAAGCUGAUGAAAUACAUCUGUAAACAGCUGCAGUGCAAGCAGAAAGUGCCGGAGACGGAGAGGCCCGAGGCUCUGGAACGCUACCCGCACUUAAGAGACUGGCUUCGCACCAUCAACCUGCGGCCGGAGCUCAUCCAGGCAGUGGAAGCAAAGUCUUCCCUGGAUGCCUUGCUGCAGAUGUCAGGUGCUCAGGUGAGGGAAACCAUGCGAAGGCUGGGGUCCAGCUCAGAGGAAUGUGCCCGGCUCAGUGCUGCCCUCUCCUGUCUGAAGAGUGCCUCGGAAUCAGGAGGUGAGCUGAGGGAAGAUGACGUUCCCUGGAUGUCGGAGCCCUUCAGGAGGGACAGUGGCCCUCUCCUAACCGCGGAGCAGCUGACCGGGCUGGGGACCCCGCUCCGCCCUCACAGUCCUUCGCCUCUCGCCCGCCCAUCAGCCGUCCACUCCACCCCAUCCACCCCCUGCGCCGUGUUCCCUCACCACCGCUCGGGCUCUGUGUCGGCGGUGCCCACGCCUGAUGGGCUGGCCUCCUACGGCCACACUGAGAGCCCUCUGACAGACCCGUUCCCCAUGGCCUUAUCCCACACCGCCCGUCUCCACGGACGCACAUCCACCCCGCCCAUAACUCCGCCCUCCAAGAGGCGACACCGACUGAAGCCCCCCUGCACGCCUCCGCCUCCGUCCCGCAAAGUUCAGCACCUGCUCCCCAACAUCACCCUGACGCGCAGCAAGAGCCACGAGUCCCAGCUGGGCAACCGUAUUGAGGACCCCCCCACCAACAAAUGUAUGAAGAAGAAUAAGUUGUUACUGAAUAUGCAAGUGAAUGGGAAUGGAUGUGAGGACUCGCCCUCCCGUUACCCCGUCAUGUCUGCACGCACCCCAGGAGUCACCCCCUCUGCCACCACAGCCUCUUACACUCUGCCCGGCACCCCCACCCUGAUGGAGGAGCACAGCAGCCAUAAAAAUAACGUAGCAGGGCAUCGCAACUCCCCACAAGCAGUGAGGAGGGACAUCGGCCUCUCAGUCACACACAGGUUUUCAACAAAGUCCUGGCUGUCCCAAACAUGUCAGGUGUGCCAGAAGAACAUGAUGUUUGGGGUGAAGUGCAAACACUGUCGGUUAAAGUGCCACAACAAAUGCACCAAGGAAGCCCCAUCCUGCAGAAUCUCCUUUCUGCCAAUCGCCAAAAUUCGGAGGACCGAGUCCGUUCCGUCUGAUAUAAACAACCCUGUGGACCGGCCGCCAGAGGCACCACAGUUUGGCACUUUACCAAAGGCCAUCACGAAAAAGGACCAUCCUCCGGUGCUGAACCAGCUGGACUCCAGCAGCAACCCGUCCUCCACCACCUCCUCCACCCCCUCCUCCCCAGCGCCCUUCCAGCAGAGCAACCCCCCAAGCGCCACUCCUCCACCCAACCCCUCGCCCAAGAACCACCGGGACAGCCGCUUCAACUUCCCAGCUGCCUGUUACUUUCAGCACAGGCAGCAGUUUAUCUUCCCCGAUGUCUCCAGUCCUGCUCAUUUGCACCCUGAUGUCCUCCGAGACACUGUCAGUGAGAUAGAGCCAGCAGCGGACGACAUACGAUCUGAGCUGGUAGAAGAUGAGGAUGAAGAGGAAGGAGAGGAGGAAAUUGAAGUCGAAGAUGAAGAGGAAGAGGAUAACGAGGAAGCAGAGGAUGAGAAUCAAGGGGAGGACGAGGAAGAGGACAUCAGGAUGAACAUGGGAUCGGACGGAGAGUGUGACGAGCUGGACGACCUGCCCAGCUCCCGGGGGAACCAAUGGAAGAGCCCCAUCUGCCGCAAGGCCAGCCAGACCAGCGUCUACCUGCAGGAGUGGGACAUCCCCUUCGAACAGCUGGACCUCGGGGAACUCAUAGGAAAGGGCCGCUGGGGCAAAGUGCACAAAGGGCGGUGGCACGGAGAGGUGGCCAUCCGGCUGCUGGAGAUCGACGGGAACAACCAGGACCAUCUGAAGCUCUUCAAGAAGGAGGUGAUGAACUACAGACAGACCCGGCACGAGAACGUGGUCCUCUUCAUGGGGGCCUGCAUGGCCCCCCCCCACCUGGCCAUCAUCACGAGUUUCUGCAAAGGGAGAACACUGUAUUCAGUUGUUCGAGACACUAAAAACACUUUGGAUAUUAAUAAGACCAGACAAAUUGCUCAGGAGAUUGUAAAGGGAAUGGGCUAUCUGCACGCUAAAGGCAUUGUUCACAAAGACUUGAAGUCGAAGAACGUUUUUCAUGACACCAAUAAAGUCAUAAUCACUGACUUCGGGCUGUUUGGGAUCUCUGGAGUGGUUCAGGAGGGGAGGCGUGAGAACAAACUCAAACUUCCACAUGGCUGGAUUUGUUACCUCGCCCCGGAGAUUGUGCGCAGGAUGAGCCCGGGUAACAACGAGGACCAACUUCCUUUUUCCACCUCGGCAGAUGUGUACGCCUUUGGCACCAUUUGGUACGAGCUUCAAGCAAGGGACUGGCCAAUCACCAACCAGCAUGUGGAAGCUACCAUCUGGCAGGUGGGCAGCGGAGAGGGCAUUAAGAAGGUCCUGGCGGAAAUUAGCCUCGGCAAGGAGGUCUCUGAGAUCCUGUCUGCCUGCUGGGCGUACGACCUGAGGGACCGCCCCCCCUUCACCCAGCUGGCCGACAUGCUGGAGAAGCUGCCCAAACUCAACCGCCGGCUCUCACACCCCGGACACUUCUGGAAGUCUGCAGAGUACGUAUCCAACAAUUAAGGACGAUGAGAAGAGACUAGAAGCGUGAAACCAGAAAAGAUAUCUCACAUAUUCGUAUAUCUUCUGUUUGCUUGUAGUACAUCGGCUCCUCAGUGAUGAGCCUUAGGGUUAACGGUUAGGGUUACACAGUCUUAUUUGGUAGAUAAUAUCAGUUACAUACUGUAGGUUUGAAAUCAUUUAUAAUUCCUUUUUAACCUCGCUCUCUAAUGGAAUGUGAACAUUGUGGUUUAAAUAUGUCAAUGUGAAUUGUAAAGUUUGAUUUAUUCACUGUCA